UUCGUUGAGAUGACCAGACAAGAACUGUGUGUCGACUGCCGUACUCUCUCGGAGUCGGAGCUUCUGUCCCGUUAAGACAGCAGCAGAGCAAAAACCCUAAACCCCUUUUUUUCCUCACAUUCUUUUGUUAUUCUCUCUCGCGAUGAAUACCUCCCAAGCAACUCGUGCGGCUCUGUUCCUAAACGGUUCAAAUAGACAAGCGAUGCUUUUGCAGAGAAGCUCAACCAGUCAAUUGUGGGGUUCUGUUAGAACGAGAGCUUCGCAGCUGUCUCUGAAUCGUGCGAAAGCUGUUAGCUUGAGAUGUUCUGCUCAACCUAAUAAGCCUAAAGCAGCUGUUUCCGCUGGUUCUUUUGUUUCUGCUGAUGAGCUACCGAGCCUUGUUGAGAAACCUGCUGCUGAGGUUAUCCAUUUCUAUCGU